AUGUGGCGUGAUCAGUCAAGCGGUUUGCGCAAGCGGGUGAGAAAUAGCGGGAACGAUGGCUUGUCAGACCUAAUAGAUGACAAACUCACGUGGUUCUACAACAAAUUGCAAGAAGGUAUUGACCAAUAUGUCCCAGUGCACAAGUGCAAGAAAGAUAAUUUCCCUUGCUGGUUCUCCAAUGAACUAAAAGAUAAAAUAAGACUGAAAAAGGCAGCUCAUGCUAGGUACAAGAAAUGGAAAAGCCAAAUCAAUUACAGGAAUUUCAGCCUCCUGAGAUCUGAUUGUAAGAAACUGAGCUUAAUGUGCUAUAAAAGCUAUGUCAACCGUAUAGAAUCUAUGAUCCAGUCUGACCCGAAUUGCUUCUGGAAAUUCAUUAAAAAUAAAAGACGUAACAAUUCAGACAUUCCGUCGAACGUGUUCUGGGAUGACUUGUCAGCUGACACUGGUACAGAUAUAACCAAUUUAUUUGCAUCCUACUUUGAAAGUGUAUACAUCCCUGCUACAAUUCUGCCGAUUUUGGAAUACUGCUCGGUCAUCUGGUCACCCUACACUGAUAUCUUAACCAAGCAGCUUGAGAGAAUUCAAGACAAGCUAUGUAAAUAUCUCUCGAAUACAUGCUGGUCGCGAGCUAAUGCCUCAACUUCAGAUGAUCUUCGCAAGCACUUCAAAUUAAACAAUUUGACUAAUCGUCGUCAGGUCGCCGACAUGGCUUUUUUUUAUAAAGUGGUCAAUGGAAUCAUUGACGCCCCGGACAUCUGCAGCAGCUUCGAAUUUGCGCCUGCCAACAUAAUGUUGAGGCGCAAAAGGUUACUGAAAACUACUAAGUCUUCGAAAAGCUAUGUGGUGAAUGGACCUCAUGACAGAAUAGUAAACCUGGUGAAUAAAUUAAAUGGCGAAGUGGAAUUUUACGGUGGUACCUUCAGUGCUUUUAUGUCAAACAUUAAAAGACAGUUGCUUAUGUACACAUAA